AUGCGAGGUGGCCUCGGUGUGAAGAGAAUCAAGAAACAGGGCCUGUCCACUGGCGGCGUGGAAAUUGCUAAGUGCAAGUUUUGCCCGUAUGAGUUAGACUUCAAACAACUCGAAAGAGACAUAAACAAAGAAGAUUCUGGCAACUAUAGAUCGAGUGGUAUUGGCUUUCGUCUCCGAUUCCUCCAAAAAAGCCAUCUCCCAGCAAAGCACGUCGAAGACCAACUUUACGCGUGUCUAUUCUGCAUACAAGUUGGCGAGACAUUGGACGAAAGCGAUUCUACAGUAUUCUUCAGCCAAAAACAGCUGUUCUCCCAUUUGGCUAGGCAUCCUCGACCAUUGCCCGAGGUGCCUGGAUUGACCGUGAUCGAGAGCAAGGAGAUCCCCACAAAUUUCAGGAACGACUACGACCUAUGCUUCGAGAACCCGCCCCAAGCUUCACAAAUGCCAGCGCUUGCUCGAGAGCUCAGCCUGCUUCCAUCGGCAACAGCGAUCGAAAUGUACAGAUCAACACCUUCAAAAUCGAUAAGGCGUCCUCCCGAUGGCAUGAAAGUCUUGCAAUUCGCUACUGGGGCGAAGAUCGUCGGAGUGGAGUUCCCUGCCAAAUAUCAGGGCCAGUGGUGUGUUGGCUGGGCGGACCAUGACUGGGCAGCUUUCCCUGCUGAUGUGGUCAGACUCGACCCUCCUCAGGAGAAAGACAUCCGUAAGCUGGGAACGAGCAAUAUGAAGGCUGCCGUUCGUUGGAAGUGGUCUGUUAAGAACAAGGACCGUGGAGACUGGCUGAAAUUGGACAAGGGCGAUAUGAUCACGAAUAUAAAUUGGACCAACUCGAAAGGCAAAUGGGGCAUAUUUCCACAGUCCCAUAUCGAGCCCAACAGCCUCACGGAAGUACAAGUGUCAGAUGGCGCCAGCGUUACCAGCAGCGAACGAAAGCGCAGCUUGAGGAUGCCGCCUCUUCGGCAUCGCAGCACAGGCGGCUCUACUGACAAGACCAAGACAGUCACCCCGUCUUCCAUGACAGUGAUCUUCUAA